ACGGUAUCGGUUGUUUGCCCACACUCAAACUUUAUCAUAUUGACACACUUUUUCCAUUAUUUACUCAAUUACGUUAUUAAACAAAACAGAGAUUUGUACUUGUGUUUUUGAAUCUUGCUCGUAACAGUUGGAAAAUCCAUUUGACAAGACAAUAAUUUAAUGUCAUGAAUCGGAAAAUUUUGUACUCGAAAACCACCGAUUCGUACUCCGAAAAAGUACUGAUCGGCGAAUGGUUCAACCGUCGCCACAAUGUGAAACCACCGUUGCCUCAAAACCACGAUUUUCUCACAGUUUAUCGCGAAUCGUUCACUCCAAAACCCUACUCAAAAUGGGACACGGCCCUCAUGUGGGACCACCUCAUGAAAAACGAAGACAGUAAUUUUAUCUCUCAAAACGAGUGCUACGAGAGUACAAACUUUUUCGAUAACUACUGUAGUACCAACGAUUUGGCCUACAAUUAUUUCCCAAAAUGUGUCAAAAAGCCGAUUGCCAGAACGUGGCGGAUGAAAAAAGGGUGGCACGAGCCCAUCGACGAGUUUCUCCCCAGUUUUGGCAAUUUGACCAGCUUCGGACUUGUAAAACAGAAAAAGAGCCAGUGGGAGUGUGAGAAGAACUUCGGACUGUUUACAAGCUACGAAGCUGAUUUUAGGGCCCCUAGACCAGAGGAUUACAAGUUUGAUAAAUUCUUGUUUCCCAAAGUCAACUGUGUAAGUGGCACAAAAAGUAGGAAACAGCGAUAAACCAACAUUUAUUUUUAUGUUUAUACACAUUAUUUUUAUGAAAUAUAUCCAUUUUAAGCCAUUUUUUAGACUAAAUAAUUAUAGGAUUACAUCUGCCUGUACUCUUUUGUUUGUUACGUGUUAACCGUUACACAAAUACGACCAUUAUUCUGAAAACUUAGACGCUAAUAGAAUAAUAACUGCGCUCUCUGGCGACAUUAACAGAACUACCAAGGAUGGGACCGUUUUAUUUGUACGUCGUUUCGUAUCCUAACUUUAAGAUAUCCGUAGUUUUUUUAAGUCCGUUUGAAUUUUUGUCAACGUGACACCCGAACAGUCAUUAUUUUUUUAUGUCGAAAGGUUCGAUUAAAAAUGCGCGGCAAAAACUCAGUGUCUCAAUCCCGCCUAGUUUUCAUAACUCCGUCCACUUAUUCGAAUAAAGUGCUAAUCGGGCCUUGGGUUUACGACCGUCUUAACGCCCAGUACAGCCCCCCGGAGCACAAAGACCACGUGACAACCUACCGUGACCACUUUCAACCGAAACAGAAUUCGGGAAGCGACCUUACGGCAGUCUGGGACCAAAAACUAAAAUCUGAAGACAGUAAUUUCAUCCCCCAAACCGGGCGUAGCGACUUCCCCAAUUACUUUGACAACUUUUCCAGUAUUUACGACUUGUCCUUUAAUCAUUUUCCCAAAUGUCUGGACGGGCGUUUGGCGCGGAAACGACAAAGGAACGGUCAUUGUAUCCCACUUGAGGAGUAUUUGCCCACUUUUGGCAAUAUGACGCAGUUUGGACUCGUGGAGAGCAAGCAGGAACAAUGGAAGUGCGAAACGCAGGACCCGCGUCGGAAUAAAGUCACACACUACAGUGACCAUUACGCGGCCCCCGAACUCAGUGCUUACAAAUUUAAGCGAUUCGCGAUCCCUCUGGCGAAUUCGUCCAUAAUGGACGCUACCAACCUAACAACCAUGGCCCUUAACUUAAGAAACCGACCAACAUUUAAGGUGGUACCCCCUCAAGACUUGGUCCCGGUCCCCAGACCCCCCCAUCUGAACCCCAUAACGUGGGAAUGCAUACCAGAAAAACCAAAAGUUUCAAAAAAAUGUAUUUAAAACAAAUACAGCUUAUCUCAUACAAUUAA